AGGGUGGGCUGAGGUGGGGCUGCUGCUUCCCUCAGUCACCAGUGCUGACAGGGGAGGCUCGGUUCUCUCUACCACUGCUCAAUAUAUACAACAGUUUCCUUUGAAAACUUAGUUUAGUUUAAUUAUGGCGUACUACCACCGAGGAGGCAGGUUCGCGGUAGGGGGAAGGGAAGGAGUGAGAGGCCGAGGUAGAGGUCGAGCCUCGUCUUCCGCUGAUGAUAUGGAUUUCAGCAAUGUUUUCAGAGUAGAGCGACCUCAGCAUUACCGUGGGGCUGCCCCUGUAUUUGGGAAGGCAGAAGUUUUGGGUGGAUACUCCGUGGAUGAAGACAGAAAAUUUGGUCAUGAUCGAUCAAUGCUCAAGUUCCUUGACAGAAAAUACUUGCCAGACAAUGAUGAAAUGUCGGUAAAAUUGGAUCUCAACAGAGGUGCAGAAAAAGCUAGUCUUUAUAGUGGGAACAGUAGCCAGACUUUACAGAACCUUCUACAGUGGAUAUUCAGCAACAGUGGCGUAUUAAUGACUGACACUACUCCCCCAAGAUUGGAAGCUGAUUUUAUUAGCAUAAGGAAUACCUUCUCUACCAUUAUGAGAUCAACAUACAACUUCAGAGAGGCUUGGAUUAUUGAUGCCAUAGAAUUUAAUGGGUCAAUAUACAUGGUUAGGCGGAAGGAUGAGACAUUUGAUGUGCGUCCAGGCAUCCCCUUGGAAAAUUUUGAAGUUUGGGGACACAAGUUUGAGCAGUACAUGACAGGAGGAGAUCCUGAUGAAGGGAUACUAGCAAACGAAGAAUAUAGGUGUGCCCUGAGAGUAAAGGUGGAUGAGAAUUCACUGCUCUUUGCUCCAGAAGUGGAUUGUGCAGACCCAUGCUUAUAUGAGGAAGAUUUCAAGGACUUAAGUGCUUUCGUUACGGUCAAAUGUUGCAAGGAAAAUGUUGAUCAUCGUAAGCUGCAUUCCUUUAAGCGGUUUAAACUUUGCCAGUGGUGGAUAGAAAACAUAUUGACUGGAAUUCCUCGGAUUCUUGUUGGCUUCAGAAAUGACAGUGGGAUAGUACACACAUUAAAACACUAUGAAACUGAUGAACUCCCUGAGAUAUGUGAUGGAGAGUGGGAGCCUGACGUAUGCAUCAACUUCUUGGUCAAGUUUUUGGCAUUUGUGAAAAAGAAGUGCUUGGAAGAGCCUGAAUGUGUGUAUCGAUUUUAUCGAGAGGAAAAGGGCAACAUCUAUUGCACCAAGAUGAAAGAUUCUCCAGAUACAGAGGUUCUACCUAGCUGGUACAUUGAUGAAAUGUUCUCUGAAGACACGGAGAAUGAUAGCGAAAGUGAGACAGAGUGAAUGAUGUGUUGAGCAUAUUUGCAUUGCAGUACAAUGAAAGACAUAAUUGAAAACAUGAAGGGGCACAUAAUCAAGCAGUCUUUUCUUAAGUAACCCACUUUGUUUGUGACAAAACAAUUAUCUGACCUAAAGGGGGUGGAAAUGUGGGCAGAUAAUUGAAAUUUGGGUGGGUAGGUGGGUAUAGGCAGAUAAUGAAAAUUAGGGUGGGAGAUGUGGGCAGAUAAUGAAAAUUAAAACAUUUUUUGCCAAAUAAAUGUUUCUUUAUUUGAAAAAUUGAUAAAACAUAUAUUAAUAUCAAAACUUUUACCAGGAAAAAAAGUAGAAUUAAAUAUGGCCUCAAAUAUCCACCUUGUACAUAUCAAAGGAAAAGUUUUUUUUUUUUUUUUUUUUUUUUUUUUUUUUUUUUUUUUUUUUUUUUUUUUUUUGAGAAUAACACAUUCACCAAACAUUAAUUAAUCUGCAUUUCUUGGGUGAUUUUUUAACCCUCAAAAUAUCCAAAAUAUGAGGAUACCACACAGUCAGGAAAUAACUGCAGUAGACCGUUAUAUUACACACAUUUAUUUUACACUUUUGACUAUUGCACUGUUGAAAAAUUGUGGCAUACUUUUAUACAACACUUUGUAAAAUUAACUUAACAGAGUUCAGUUCUCUGUGCAUAUGCAUCUUGUACGACUCUCUUCUCAGAGCUAGCUGUGUUUGUGAAUUGUGUUGUGAUCUUUUCAUCUGAAAAGAAUGACCCUUAGAUCACAACUACCUGAAUAAACUGACAGACUGACUUGAUUGAAUUGACUUACUGACUCUAAGUUAGACUUUUUCACUGAAAAGGACUCUGAUAAAUCUAGAAGCAGUGCUCUGACACAGGGUCUAGAGCAGCUUAUGACUUACAGUUAGUUGUAUAAUGUACUGCAGGGUAAAAUAGCCCAGAGAUCCAUUACAGAAUUAAUGCACUCCAGUACAAUCAUCAACUUCAGUACCAGAACCUCUACCAUCCACCUCAGCCCAGUAGGACCACAGCAUGACUCUCCACUCUCUUCACAAUGACUGACAAAUGCCAGUACCCACAAUUUAAGGUGAGAAAUGCUAUUAUUUCUGUUGCAUUUGUAGUCUUUAGCAAUAAAAACAACAUAAUACAUUAUGACAAUGAGCAACAAUUACAUAUUCAUUUUUAUUUUGUAAGAUCUGGAGGUCUAAAAAAAAGUUGUUUGGCUUUUUUGGGGGUCCCAGGAAUGUAAUCCUAUUUUUCCCAUAAGUUCUUCAGAUUAUCUAACACGAAUUUACCUAACACGGCAUUUUCAGGAACAUCACUACCGUGUAAUAUAACAGUUUACUGUACAUAAAAUGAAAUUAAGUCAUUUGUAUUGCUCUCUAACUGCAACAUCCUCAACCCUUGUUCUGAGUGCAGGCAUUGCUCUUCCCACCUCUAGGUUAAGACUGGCCAAAAGUUUACCCCAAAUUCUUUCAUGGCUGCUAACUUGCUCACACUCCAACAGCAUGUCAAUAACCAAUUGUCUCUAUUCACUCCUAUCUAACACGGUCACACAAGCCUACAGGAUGCUCAAGCCACUAAAACUCAAAUUAUCCUGUCCCUCCAACCAUUCCUAGGAUGACCCCUACCUCUAUAUUCCGGGUCAGGUUUAUACACCCUCUGUCAUUCUAUUCCUCUCCAUCCUCUUAAAAUGCCUAAAUCACCUCAAAAACCCCUCCUCAGCUCUCUGAAUUAUACUUUUGGUGACUCCACACUGCUUCAAAUUCUCUGCAUGAUAUUUACACUACACAUUACUUUUAAAGAUAACAUCUCCACUGCCACUAGCACAAGUCAUAAUGAAGGACUGUCCAUGAAUAAACAGAAUAAUUGAUUGAGAAUUGAACCCAUGGUCCACACAGGCAGCAGGCCCAGUGCUAUACUAUUCCAUUAACCCUUAAAACUGCCACUUGGGGUGAAAUGAAAUUAUAUUGCCAAAAUAUUUUUGGAAUUUUCUUUACCAAAAAAUCGGCCUUGAUUUUACACGUUUAAAAAAAAAGUGAAAAUUGGGUUGAAACUUACCAAGAAAUAGUUGUUUGGAAGUGACCUUCAUAUGGUAACAUGGUUGCAUCCCACAUGAGCAUACUGUUGGUGUCAUUUUUUGUUUUUUCAAUUUUAUCUUUUCAAAACAUACAUAUGUGAUUAGUAUACAUGUAUAUGUUUUCAGACCACAUUUACAAAAUAUUUAGUAUUCAGUAACUAAAUAUUUAUUAUUUGAACAAAAUUUUUAUUGAAAAAAUUGUUCACUCGGUACUCUGUUUUUAAUUUUCUUGUAUAUUAUAUGCAUUAUACACUGUACACAGUAUACACUCGCUGUUUACUAUGCCAAUUACAGUUGCUCAAGUUCAUUAAACUCCUCACAGCAGGGUUCCAUACACAGUGGAGUUUUGCAAGUUUUAAAAAUGAAUCAUGUGUCCCUGCAUUUCCCUGUUUUUCUGGUGGUAUUAGAAAAUACGUAACACUUUUUCUGGUAAUAUUUUUUCAUCUCAGUGGAUGGAAGUUGUGUUGUAGUGCUUCAAAGCACGCUUUAGACCACACUGGAGUUCACUGUCUCUUCAGUGACUGGUUGGUUUAGAAGUCGUUUCUGGGUAUUUAUCUAUGAUCUGGCUGCAGCACUCUCUGUAUUUUUGUAUUCAUACAACUUCAAGUCAUCAUCAUUAUCUUCAGUACUAGACUCAGCCUGGACAAAUCGCAAAUGGCCAAUACUCUGUGGAAUGAGAGCUGUAUAGUCCUUGUGGCUUAGCGCUUCUUUUUGAUUAUAAUAAUAAUGUGGAAUGAGAGCAUCUAGAGAGUGCAAGAUUUUAGGAUUAUUGCCAGGAAUUAUCGGAUUAGAAGAAUUUUAAUAAACUCAAAGUUCUUUCUGGCCAGCUACAUUUUUGGAGAAGAAAUAAAAUGAUGCUUGAAGCAAUCAACAAACUGCUUGUCAUCCAAGCUGCCUUGUUAUUGUGCCAUAUGACAGGCAAAGUGAUUUUGCCUUACUCUUUUAAAGCAUCGGUAGUAUGUACAUGAACUGAACAUAGGCCUGCAUUUAAACUCCCAUUUUACUGGUGUGCAAUUGCAAACUGCUAAAAUGCUUUGCUGCCUUGAAUCUGGGUGCAAAUUACUUUUGCUUGCUAAUGUAAGUUAUUGACAGCCAUUUCAUCAAGGAAAUUUUUUGUGGGAAUGUAAUCAGCUGAUGCAUGGGUGUUUAAAUCUCUCAAAUUAUCCAGCACUAGAUGUACACUCUUGUGAAGACUUUCCAUUCCUGCUCAUACAGUUUUGUAGUAAGAUAAGUCUUUUUUUUUUUUUCCUUAUUAUCUGACCACUGGGUGGGGCACUUUUCUGUGUACUCAGCUGUAUUGACCUGUUUGUCAUUAUUUUCAGCAGGUCAGAAUCUUGGAUUACUCAUUUCACUAGCUCUUAUUUUCUUCUCAUUGUCUCUUAUUGUAUGAGUGAUUUAUUCUCUGAGACCAAUGGCAUGCUUAUCCUAAAGCUCAGUUAUCUCAGAAAUUGUCUAGUUUUAUAUAUUUUUUUUUCUUGACACCUCCAGCAUCACUAGUCGCUUAUUCCUUUUGAGUUCCAUGGUCAAUAUCCGGAGACAAAAUGGGGUGAUGAGAAUAUCCAAAACUGUUUGAUAAACAGAGGAAGGUAUACUGUGCUUCCAGAAAGCAACUGUGAUGUGGAUGGGAGGACUGCAAGGGGUGAUGAAGAGCUUCCCUUGAAAGAGAAAUAAAAUACUGGACAAUUUCUAAUCUACCAGUGACAUAUAACACAUUUUGACAUGAUAAAGCACAAGCAAACAUUUAGAUUCAUAACUAAAAAAAUAUUUAGAAACAGUAUAAAUAAUGCAGUAAUAUAAAUACUACAGGUGCUUUAGUUCUUCCUUAUGAUGAUAAUAAAAAUUUUCUACACAAACUACAUAUCUCUAAAAGAUAAAGAAUUUCUGCUAAAUCAGUUUAUUACAUUUAAUCAUGAUAUUCUCUUAAAACCUUAGCAUUAUGGAGUCAGAAGCCAUACAUACCAUCAAAUCCUUCCUCCUUGACAGCUGCCAACAUGUAUCUGUAAAUGGCAUUACUGUACUUAAACUAUUAACCCAUUAACCUUGGGGUAUCUUGGGGCAGUCCCACCUUUGACACAAUGUCUUUGACUUUUUGACAGCAACAGAUUUAUUACACAAACUUUGAUUAUAUGUACUUCCUUUAGCAUUUCUCACCGCCCUUACUGACUCGACCUCUGUUAUACUCUCCUCCCUUGCUAGUCUCUGAUCAAGCAUAUUAAACCUUUAGCACACCCUACCCUGCAGUGCUGUAUGACCCUUGUGGGUUUAGCACUUACUUAUGAUUAUAAUAUUAAUAAUCUCAGGGCAGUGCCCUAGGCUCAUUACUAUUCCUACUUUUUUAUGCAUGACCUACUAAACACUUCACAGCAGCUCCAACUAGUUCUUUUUUUCGAAAUGAUACCACCUUUGUUAUUUUAAAAUUUCCAGUAGUCGAAGUACUUGCCUCCUCUUGUAGUUCACUCCACUGAUCUACCACUUUCUGAAGAAAAAUUUCAUAGUGCCCAUGCAACUCUCUCUCUUUUCUCAGUUAACCGCUGGGUCCUCUUGUUUUCCAUAUAGCAGAAGCAAACAAAAUCCUCUUUAAUCUUUCAUGCCCUUUUAUAACCUUAUAUGUAUUAUUAUUAUAAUCAUAACUAAGUGCUAAACCCACAAGAAUAAUAUUUAUUAUGAAAGUUAUUUGCCUCACUAUCUGCCAUUUUAUAGUGAGCUCCUCACUACAAUAUUUAUGAAAACUAUUGUCUCUGGGCUGUUUUGCAUUAUUACUUUGUAAUUUGUUUUGAAUUAUGUCUUUCAGUAUAUUUGUAUUAGCAUGAUUAGAGCAGUUAAUGUCUCUAAUACUGUAUCUAUAAUUUUAAGAAUUACUGUAUUAAUGCCCUACUGCUUGUGAAGGGAGUACUGUACCAUACUGCUUCAUUCAUUGUCUUUAAAAUUGAUUAUGUAAGUUCCAUUAAUACUGCAUGUAAUUUGUAUAAGUCAAGAGUACAGGUACAGUACUUUAGUACCUAAAAUAGGGUUUAUAAUAAAUUCUCAUUGUAUAUACACUAAGAGAUAUACACCUCUCGGUGUAUAUAAUACCAUCCGUAUUGUUUUCUGUUAUACCAAAGAUACAUAUGAGUAACAAGAAUUGAAGUUGUCUAGUUAAACGUAUGUACACUUCAAGACAUACAGGAAAUUAUAUACAAGUAUAUCUAGCAUCUGGCUUAUUACCAUGUUACAAGUGAUUAUCUAUGCACUUGAUUAAAACAUUUUAUUAAGAAAAUGUUUAGGACUGAAAAAGACAUUCAUGGCAAAAUGUUUUCUUAAUAUUUGUCUUUAUCAGUUCAUAUGUCUCUUUUUUACCUAUAAUAUUUAGUUUGUCAUAUGAAUUAUAGUAUAUCUAAACAGCUACUUUCAAGUUUGAAACUAGCAUAUGUAUAUGAGUUUGUCGGUAUUACAUUUAUUCAGAUUCAGAUUUUUAUUUCUGUUGUUCAUAGUCACCCACCAGAUAACUUCUCUUUAUCUCAUAUUCUCAAGACACUGUUAUACAAUCUAUAGCCUUUGUAGGUCUUGUUUUUACUCUCCCAUUUCCAUUAUCUACUUGCUCAGUUUAUUUAUCCUGUAUUUUCUUGUAGGGCUUUAAACUAAACUUUCCUAUUUUGUAUAAGAUGUUUAAUCUUCUGUAAAAAAAUUUUUAUUUCUUCUAUCAGGUCAUGUACAUAAAUUAAAAAAAUUACUGCUGCCACUGACUAUUUUGAUAUUUCUUAAGCGUUUGUAAACUUUUCAUAUUUUAUUAUAAAAAUAUGUGGUAUUAACAGGUAUACAAAAAAAAAUUCCUUAAUCAAAAUUUUAUCAUGGUUUUUGGCAGUUUUAAUGAAAUAAUAAGAGUACUUAAAAAUGAUUGAAAAAUUAAAUUAGUUGCUGUUUGUGCAACUCCACUAGUGACAUUAUCCCAUGAAGACUUUUUUUUAUUCUUGUCACUACUAACAUUUAUCUUUCAAUACAAAAAUUAUUCCGUCCAUCAUAGAAGUUUGCUAUUGAUUCCUUUAUAUUUUAUAGUUUCCAGAUUAAUAUCACAGGAAAUUCCACUAUGAGCAUUUGUCCAACCCUAGAAAAUACAGUCUACCAGUCUGUUUUCUUCCUGUGUAAUGUCUGAAACUAGAAUAUUAAUAUAUUAAUCAAUAAGAUAUAUAGGAUUUUUCUGAUGUGAAAUGGUUAAGUUUUAAAACAUUCUGAUUUAGAUAUUUUAUCUUAUUAUUAUUAUUAUUAUUAUUAUUAUUCUUAACACAUCAGCCAUUUCCCACCAAGGCAGGGUGGCCUGAAAAAGAAAAACUUUCAUCAUCAUUCACUCCAUCACUGUUUUGCCAGAGGUGCACUUACACUACAGUUAUAAAACUGCAACAUUAAUACCCCUCCUUGAGAGUGCAGGCACUGUACUUCCCACCUCCAGGACUCGAGUCCAGUCUGCCGAUUUCCCAGAAUCCCUUCAUGAAUGUUACCUUACUCACACUCCAGCAGCAUGUCAAGUCCUAAAAACCAUUUGUCUCCACUCGCUCCUUUCUAACACACUAACACACGCUUGCUGGAACUCCAAGCCCCUCACACACAAACCCUGUUUUACUCAAAUGUUUUUGUGGUGUUUCUGCAGCAACACUUGCUAAUUAGACAACUUCUGAAGUAGAGUGUAAAAGCGCUUGUUGGCUUCAAGCCAGUUGAGUGAAUUGUUUAUGUUUGUAAUGUACAGCAUGGGUGAUAAUACUGUAAAAACUUAAAUAUGAUUCUUCAAUGUGAGGGCUUCUAGUCAUCAAAUAUUAAUAAAAGGUCUGUACAAGUGUCUUGUAACUUGGGUUGUAGUAGCCUCAGCUGGCACACUGAAGGGCCAGAGUUCGAUCCAGAGCAGAAGUGGAAACAAUCAUGUUUCGUUACAUCUGCUACCCUGUUCACGUAGUAGGUACCUGGGUGUUUACCAACUGUUGUGGGUCAUAGCUUGGAGAAGAGAAUUACAGGACCCGGUGGAAAUAAGACAUUGCUUAGAAUUCUUUGAUACCUGACUGCAAAAGACUUAUGUUUAAAGCUAGGCACAUGAUUAACAAAAUUAUGAAUAAUGUUGACAGAGCUUGUAUGAGUGCCAUGUUAUUUCGAUUUUAUUACAUUAUUUAUUCUUAUAUGUAAAUUAUUCUAUAAAACUCCUCAUCUUACAAAUUUGUAUAAUUAAAUUAUAAAAAUGAAUAAAGAACAAUUAAUAAUUAAGGCAUUAUUUAAUUGCAAUUACAUUUACAGUACUUUUUAAAAUAUUUUAUUUAGAAUGCACAUAGUGUGAGAUUAGCUUAAGGUAGGUAUUUCACUAAAAACUUACCCAUAUACUACUAUAUAUUUUUUCAUUAAACUAUGAGGGACCUUAGAGGCAGGUACAGGAAAGCUUUGUUUUGUAGUAUUUAAACAUAUGAUGGACACAUAUCAUUAAUUUCUAAAUUCAUUGACCCCCCAAAAUUCUGGAUUCCCUUACACAUUGCCUUCUAAUAUAAUUAUAACUUGGAGGUGUCUACUAGUAAUCUGAGAGCAAUAAUAAGGUAAAAAAAACUCUUGAAAGUUUCCUAAGUUCAAGACAGAGUGAGACUGACAUCUGUAAAUCUAUCUCAAAUUAAAAUUAAAAUUUAAUUCAGAUUUUUCUGUCUUUUUAUGCAGUAUGGAAAUUAUGUAGUUUGCAUGUAAUGCAACAUUUUGGGCAAACUUAUCUAUUAUUCUGCAAAACCACCACAGGGAGUUGAAUGAUAGCUCUAGGCCUUUCAUGUUGCAAUCAACACAUCAUCAGGAGCUUGCAAUGUUGCACAAAGGAGGAGGUCCAAGCAGAUACAAUCACGGAAGCGCCUUUACGCUUCCUGUGAUCGUAUUUGCUUGGACAACCUCCUCUUUUCUGCAACAUUGCAAGCUUCUGAUGAUGUGUUGAUUGUAACACGAAAGGCCUACAGCUAUCAUUCAACUCCCCUCGUGGUUGUUUUGCAUCUUGUAUCGCUUGUUCACAACUUUUGCAUUAUCUAUUAUUCUAUUAUACAGGAGGAACCACAUAUACAAUGCAUAUUAUACACAAUCAGCUGACUCUUAUAUGUAAUCACUGUCCAGCUUGGUCAUGGGUGAAAAAUACCUCUGGAGGUUUGUAUCACCAACUGAUGUAGUCUGCCUGAAAGUGCACAGCAUGCUAGUGGUUUUUUCUGUGUUUAACAAUAUUUAACUACAUGUAAACUACAUUUUGUAUAUUUCAGAAAGAAAUAAAGUCGUUUGUUUU